GCUAGUGCUGUGCUGUGUGUACACGUUACUGUGGAGACACAAUCCUCCAUCCCAAGCUCUGGUUUGUGUUGCGCUGCUCCUGGCAACCUGGACGGAGCUGGGGCACCAGGAGCAGACAGGACCCUCAUCGCAGGUAAUAUGUCACUGUGGGAUGACAUGGGGGGCACGCAACACACUCCCUGACCAUGGACAGCCACAACAGACCGGUACGGAGCGAGAGCAGUGAGGAUGAGGAGGAGAAAUUUACGAGGUACAUGGAUGACAAUGGAAUCAUUGGGUUGGAGGAAGAUGGGAACUUGGAACUGCAUUACCAAGCGGUUCUAGAACUGGAAGAAGAUGAGGAACAGAAGAUGUUGGACUUAGGUGAGGAGGAGAUGGUGGAGCCCUAUGAAGGUGGGUUGGCAUAUCCAGAAUCCAUGUCUGAAGGAGACGGGUCAGGCGUUCAGAGCUGGAAAGAAGAAUUCAGCUUCUCCCAAAUGGUAGAAGAAAGAAGUCAUAACAUGACAGAUAGAGAAGCCUUGAGGAACAGUGAGAUUACCAUCAGUCGUGAUGAAAAUGAUCGCAGCUCUGUUGAACAACCCAGCUUGUCAGUCACAUUGCCUUCUGCAUUAGGCCGACGUCCUCCAAGCCGAGACCAACAGCUGGAUAUGACCGAAGACGAGGUGGAUCGAGGGAGUUCCGUGGGAGCAUGUGAAGGAGAUGAAGAGGAGAACUGGAAUCAGGAGCCUUCAGAAUUUCUUUAUGAUGAAAGUCCUGGAAAUGAAAGGUUUGGCAAAUACGAGCAAACUUCAGCACAAAAACAAUGGAAUAACUACCUCGGGGCACAUGAAGAAGACUAUUCUGAAAGUCAAGAGAUUCAGGAAGAUGACUCUCUCGGGGAGUCUUUAUCCCCGUCUUCUCCUCCCAUUCCCAGCACUUGGGGCACCAGACUUAUGAGCCAUUUUGGUCGGCUGAGCCUGUCACCUCGUAUAGAAGAUGAGACUCUUCCAGAAUCUUCUUGCACAGACAGUGUGGAAAACCCAGGUGCCAAUCCUGCUGGAGACUCUCCAAAUGUCUCCAGCCUUACAAAGGUCUCCAAACAGGACAGACCAUUAAGAACUAAACCCACCAGGUCAAGUUCUCCAUCCGUCAGAAACCAGCAUACAGAUGACCUAAAUGUCAAGAAAACUAAACGUUCUAAUAUUUCCCUCUAUGGGAAAGGACAACUUAACUACCCCUUGCCUGAUUUAUCCAAAGUUGGACCCCGGGUCAGAUUCCCUCGUGAUGAGCCAGGUUAUCAACCUCCUCAGCCCCGUAAAGUAAUAAAACAAACUCAAGGAGCUCCUGUUAUCUUCAAAUCACCAGCAGAGAUAGUGAGAGAGGUACUGUUGAGCAGCACCGAAAAAACUAUUCAGGAGCCAGUUGCACCUCCCAGUGUACCGCAAGAAUUCAAGACCCCUCAACAAGCAACUCAGCUGGUUCAUCAGCUGCAGGAGGAUUACCACAAGCUGCUCACUAAGUACGCAGAAGCUGAAAAUACUAUUGACCGUCUGCGACUUGGAGCUAAAGUGCAUCUCUACUCAGACCCUGCACAGCCCAGUCACAGUGUUCAGAUGGGAGCAGUCUUCCAGGGUUCAAAGGUUAUGGAGUUCACUAUACCCCACAUACAGACAGCGACGCUCACCCCAGCAAAUGGCCAUCAUGGGGUUACAGGAGGGGACACUGAUGUAGAUUCUUUCCCCCCUGCAAUACCUGCCGGGUCACCCACUGAGCCCACUCACGAUAACACCUCUGGUUUGUUGCCGUCCCUACAUCCACCUGAAGACGUCACUUCCACCCUUAUGUCACACUUGGAGACCCUUCACCAAGAGGUUGAACUUUUUGAAGAAUUGUUGCACGGGGGUAAUUUGACUCCUGAAGAACAGCAACAGGCAGUGAGAGAGCUCCGCAGUUCCCUGGAUGUGCUGGAACGGAGAUAUUUAAAGGCACAGGAGCAGUAUCGCCAGGAGCAGAGACACAAUGGUACUGGUCACCUGCCUAUGGAGCUAGAUCCACAAAGGGAACUAGGAGAAGUCAUAUUCCAACUGGGAGUCCAACUUGAUGAGCUGCAGGAGAGAGUACACAGUUCUGCCCUGUCCUCUCCAAACAGCCAAUUAAAAAAGAGUUCAGGGGACACAAUUACGACUCACCAUUUAGGAAUCGCCCCAGUGCCGUCAGCUGUGGUGCCCGUUCCAGCUCUUCAGACCCCCUACCCACAGGACUCCUCUCCAGAGCCCCCCGGACUCUCUGCUGGAGCUGUUGAGGCACAGAAUAAGGAGGAUCCUGCGGAGUAUUUACCUCAGCCUCUGCGCUACAAGCACAUGCAGGUGGAGAGAGACUAUGGCACCUUGCUGUCCACAUACAGCAGCUUCAAGUCUCUUCCUGACGCUCUGGGUGUAGAGCAAGAAGAGUGGCCGCAACAGCUCCCGCAGAACGCCCGACCACACAACCCACCCCUGGAUGUCAGUUCUCAGGGGCAACCAGCGAGGUCACAGAAGCAUGCACAUGCUACGAGGCCACUUCUAGAUCCCAGGACAUCCGACAGGCCCGCGGUUCAUCGGGAUGAUCUACAGGCUGUAAGUCCACAGGAUCACCAGGCAGCUCCUAAAACUAAGUGGCACUCACAUACAGCUUACCCGCAGAGGCAUCCCAAGACUGUUACACUGCAGAGCAGCCAGCCGGCCGGGAGCUCCAAGGACAACCUGCAUGAGAGCAGACCAACUAGUGCGACCAGCGAUCAGCACUCACCAUCUCCAAUUGACCAGGGCAGAACACCUCCUGUAGCCAGCAGACAGAGGACCUCUCCAGAGGAAGGGAAAUACUCAGUGAGAAGGACCUCCCAUGGCUCAGAGACAUUUCCACAGCGUCUUCCUAUGAAGUCUUCUUUUCCCCAGCUAAGAGAGCAAUCCUCCAGUACUCCGAAAGGCAUACUGUCUAUCAAUGAGGAGGACACUCACAAAUCCCAGUCUCGUAAGAAUAGCAGCAGCAGCAAGAGUGCUAGCCCCUCAGCCCAGAAAGGGAUGAAAGGAAACAUUGCUCAGAGAAGGAUCUUGUCCCCAGAAACUGAUAGCGGAUUUCUUGGGUCAGAAAGUGGACGGUCACCUCUCCAAAAGCAGAGACAUCCGCCCAGCCUCACCAGGGACCAUCCUGAAUUACCAGACUGUUCAGCCACUUCUCCCAUGAACAGAGGGAGACAACCUUCUAAAGCCGAAAGUGACCACUUGUCUGGUGUACGCAAACCCGUAUGGGAGAAGAGGAAACAGAACGGUCACUGGACAGGUCUCUCGGAAGCCAGCUCUCCUUCCCCAGGCCCCAAGAGCCUGACUGAAAGUGAGAACAGGGAAUCGAGUGAACCUGAUGAAUCUGACUCCGAGCAGGAAGCUCUUAAUGAUGUCAUGGGGGAUCCUUCCUCUGGAGCCUCCCCAUUACUGUCACCUACUGAGGAACUAUCCCCGCAUGAUGGAAACGUUGUGGAGUCUCGUACAGCGAGAGAUCAGGCUAUAAGCAAUCUGCAGAAGGAGGUGAUUCAGCUCCGGCAACAUCUAGAGAGCAGCCUGCACCGGUCACCGACACGAGGAACCCCGGGGCCGCUUGCUUCCAAUCAGAAACGACAUGAAGGGAAAGCUGGUCACGCUGCCCAUGGCCUGGGUUCUCCUAUAUCUAGGCGCGAGGCUGCUACAAAGGAACCAAGAGUGGAGGACCUGAUGGGCACCUCCGUGUCACGUGGCCGCGAUCCUGCUCAGCGAGUUGCACAGGGUGGAAGAGGAGUCCGGGGGGCAUACACAGGGUCACGAUACCAACUUCCAGGAUACCCUUCCCCAAGCCGCGCUCAACAUGUCACCGUCCCGCUCUGUCAGAGGUGUCAGGAAGCUGAGAGAGAGAGUGCUGUGUCCAUGAAAACAUCAGGGAAGGAUGAAAACGCUCUUCCAAUACAUCCAGCCUGUCCUCUUUGCCAUGGGAACAAUGACUCUGAUAAUACACCAAGAAAUGGAAUGUCUCACGGAGACAGCCGUCCACACCACCAGCGCAGGAGGCACUUGCAGUGCAGGCACAGAAUUGUGCCUCCUCCCGUGGGCUAUAUUCAGACCCCCCUUGUCCCUUACAGCCCUCCAGUAAUAUAUGGCACCUCACCCAGUCUCUAUGUUCCCAUGGGAUAUAACGUAGCUGAGCAGCGACCUCCGUAUACUGUGACGUCUCCCCCUAAACCAGACCUCUUAGAGCUGGAGGACCUCAGCUGGCCAUUGAAUCGAGCACUAGAGGCAGCCAAGGAACUGAAAGUAACCAGCAGGCGUAUGUGCCGGUCGCUUACGAUGGAUCUCAGCUCACAGCGGAAUCUGCGGGGAUCCUGUCUUUUCUAGUAUGGAGACAUCUACAUAGCAUUUAUUUUGUCCGUCACUCAAAUGAUGUCUGUGAUUCAUCCUCUUGGCCUGAUUCCAUGUACAGAUAAUAAUGUGCUCCCUAUUAAUUGCAGAUUUCCUGUAUACACAUGAAAUCUGAACAUCAUACACAUUAUUCUCUAAGGAAAACUGUGCCAGGUGGUAGCGCCCUUUUGGAUUCCCUUCUCUUGACUUUUAGGGGGACAUUUACUAAGCAGUGAUAAGAGUGGAGAAGUGAGCCAGUGGAGAAGUUGCCCCAUCAACCUCCUAACUGUCAUUUUUCAAACACAACCUGUAACAUUGCAGUGAGGAGCUGAUUGGCUGGAACGUUAUCUCUUUCCACUUUAUCUCUCUCCAAGGCAUAGUACAUAGACCCCAUAGAGCAGGCAUUCCCAACCUCGGUUCUCAAGGCACACUGGCAGUCCAGGUUUUAGUGAUAUCCAUGCUUGCGCACAGGUGACUUAAUUAGUACCUCAUUUACUUUGACUUAUCCAUCUGUGCUGUAGCCUGGAUAUCACAAAAACCUGCACUGUUAUGCCCCUUUCACAUCGCACAAAUAACCCGGUAUCGACACGGCAUAUUGCCGUGUCGAAACGGGUCAGUGUGCGAUGUGAAAGGUCCUUUGUUGAAUUAGCGGGUCGCCUGACCCGGUAAUUUAACCCGGUAAAAAAGAAGGGUUAUUACCGGGUUGAAUACCGGGUCAGGUGCAGUGUGAAUGGGAGCCGUUCCGAUGCGACACGGCUCCCAUUCACAGCAUAGGCAGAGGCGGCGCAGGAGAUGAGCUCAUCUCCCGGCGCCGCCUCCACCCCCGCCCCUGCUGCUGCCGCGCCCCCCCCGCUGCUAUGGCAACCGACCCGGUAUAUUGCCGGGUCGGAAAGCCAGCAAAGGAGUGCAAAUGCCGGAUCCCACCCGGUAAGGACACGUUUCUCUUACCGGGUGGGAUCCGGCAUUUGCGAUCUGAAACCAGCAAUAGUGUGCAUUGAGUCUACCCAGUAAUCCAUUACUGACUUCAUGGUGCACAACCAAUGAACCUAAUGGAAACAGUGGGUCUCAAUACUAGUCAAAUGUUCCUCGUCGACUAAUAUCUUCCUUGCUACUUCCUAUGACCGGAGCGGAAUCACACCAGUUCUCUUCAUAUGCUGGCCAUAGAGUGUUGCCACCCAUUAAACUUCAUACAGUUGCUCAGGUCAGUAUUGGCUGCACCUGUCCUAUUAUAUGUCAGCCUCUGGCUGUUGUUAGUCUUUAGAUGUGUACACAUGGUGCGUUUUUUCUUACAAUUUUGACUAUAUAGUCAAAAUCGGAAGAAAAUAUAGCACUGUGUGUACAGUCCUUGCGAUGCCGAUGCGCGGUCUUGCGGGAUCGGCAUUGCAAUGAAAAAUAGACUGUGCAGGCAGCCCAACAUAGACUAUAUCGGUGAGGCCGGGCUCCAGCCACAUCGAAUAGUCAAUGGGGAUAAUUCAGACCUGAUCGCUAGGCUGCAUUCUCAUACAGCGGGCGAUCAGGUCUAAACUGCACAUGCAUAUGCACCGCAAUGCGCAGGCACGUCGCACGGGUAUAAUGUGGAUCGCAGCUCAGCGAUGGGUUUGUGCAAAGGAUCCAUUUGCACGGGCGUUCGCAAAGAGAUUGACAGGAAGAAGGCGUUUGUGGGUGGCAACUGACCGUUUUCUGGGAGUGUAUGGAAAAACUCAGGCAUGUCCAAGCGUUUGCAGGGCGGGUGUCUGACGUCAAUUCCGGUCCUGGACAGGCUGAAGUGAUCGCUGCGGCUGAGUAAGUCCUGGGCUGCGCAGAGACUGCACAAGAUCUGUUUGUACAGCUCUGCUAAUGCGAUCGCACACUUGCACAGCUAAAAUACACUCCCCCUGUAGGCGGCGACUAUCUGAUCGCAGCGGUGCAAAAAUCGCCUGCUAGAGAUCAGGUCUGAAUUAGGCCCCAUGUCGGGCUGUACAGGCAUCGCACCGUGUGUACACGCCAUUAGAGAAGGGCAUUUAGUUCCAGCAACAAAAGUAAAAUAAGUUAUAGGGUUUACAGGGAGGAACGCUCACCCAUUGUGAGCGGAGUUCUUCCUUAAUAAUUUUAAAAUAAAAAUAUAAUCAAUGGACAAUUACGAACUUACAAAAUAAUAAUGGGAAAUAAUAUUUUUUUUCUAUUAGAGGCUAGUACACAAGUACGGCUGCUGACCCCCUCCCCACCUAUAGUGAUGGAUCACAUGGGACGGUACAAAGUUACUAUUAAUUACCGAUACCCCUUAUUAACUUUGGUACCACAUAGAUUUUGAAAUGUAGCAGAGAAGAAAGUUUUCACACAAGCACAGGUUACAGAUUACACAGGUAAAUAGAAGGUGUUGUUUUAUUUUUUAGAUAUUUAUAUUUUUGUAUCCAGAGUUUUGGUACGAAAAUGAAAGUUAGGAAGUAUUUAAGUGUGAUCGCUUGUCUGAGAAAGUGCUCUUACUCCUGAGGCGUUACAGGGAAUAUUAUGUCUCACCCGCUGGUUCUAACCCAGAACUUACAUUCCUUUGUGUGUGGGUAUGUGAUGUCUGUCAUAUAAUGAGCGCUAAUUAAGUUGCGUUGCCAUGGUGACUGAUAAUGUGAGUAUAUAGCACGUUAAUACUGAGUCACAAUUACUGUAGCUAGUGGCGUAUUCAGCUAAAAGGUCUUCAAGUUAUUUCCAAGUUAUUUAUUAUUCAUCGGCUGUGAAGUACGUUUGCUGUUAGGAUGUUUCAAAAAGAGCUCAAACAAUGAUUUAUGUUUUAAUUAUGUUUUUAUUAGUUUUUGUAAGAUUGUUUUUACAUGUACAAAAAUGGUACAAGUUUUGGACUGUCUGUAUGUAAACUGCGUGUGAAAGAGCCAUUUUGGGGUGUUAACAAUGAUCUCAUGUUUUUUGUCAAAAAAAGCUUUGUACAAAUCUAUUUUUACAUUUCAUAAUUUUUAUAGAUUAA